GGGAGGCGGCGUCGGCGGGGCUCUCAGAGGUGCGUCGUCUGCUACAGUGAGGGGAGACCAUUGGCUGUCAGCUGCUGUCAUGAGGGCAGGCUGUCACUCUCUGCUGGCAAUAUGCUCAGGCUAGGCAACAAGAAGGACCACGGGGUUGACUACAAGUGCACCAUAAGGCUGCUAGACGACAAUGAGGUGUUGGAAUGCGAGUUUCAGAGUUAUCACAAAGGCAGAGUUCUGCUUGACUAUGUAUUCAAUAGACUAAACCUCAUCGAGACUGACUAUUUUGCAUUGCGAUAUGUUGACCAGAAUAAACAAAGACACUGGUUAGAUCCAAACAAGAAUAUCUUAAGGCAAAUAAAAAAUUUAUCCCCCAUACUCUUCUGUUUUCGAGUCAAAUUCUAUCCGGCUGACCCUUUAAGACUCCAGGAAGAAAUCACUCGGUAUCAGCUGUUUCUGCAACUCCGGCGAGACCUCUUACAUGGGAGGUUAUACUGUUCCCAAGCAGAUGCUGCCUCUUUGGCUGCAUACAUUGUUCAAGCUGAGAUCGGGGACUUUGACCCACAGAAGCACUAUGGCAACUACAUCAGUGAUUUUAAGAUACUACUCAAACAGACCCCUAAGAUGGAAGAAAAGAUCAUGGAGUACCACCCAACACUCAAGGGCCAGACCCCCCUCAUGGCAGAGACGUGUUUUCUCAAAAAAGCCUCUCUUCUCGACACAUACGGCGUUGACCCUCAUCCUGUCAAGGAUCACAGAGGAAGCCAGCUGUACCUUGGCCUCAACCACACUGGGGUGCUGACAUUCCAGGGCUCCCGUAAGACGCACCAUUUUCGCUGGGCUGACAUUCAGAAGCUGAAUUACGAAGGGAAGAUGUUCAUCGUGCAUCUUAUAUUCUCAGAGAAGAAGCACACCGUAGGCUUCAAAUGUCCAACAGCAUCUGCCUGUAGACACCUUUGGAGAUGCGCAGUGGAGCAGAGGCUAUUUUACACGCUUGAAAACUCUAACAAGCAGGGUGUGGUGGUGACUGGAGGGUCAUUCUUCUCCCGAGGGUCUCGGUUCCGAUAUGCAGGCCGCUGUGAGAAGGAGGUGGUCGAGGAGAGCUCCUCCAUCAUCCGUGAACCCCCAACUGUCAAUAGAAUUUCCCUAAGGACUAUCGGCAGAUCCACGUCCCUGCCAACGACACCUGCUGAUUCUGACACUUACGAUGCUGUCAUGAGUCGCGUCCAUCGUCCACUCCCUUACAUCGACCGAAGCAGCAGUCUGGAUGAGGAUGUGCUGUGUGGGGCUGACACAGGUUCUCAGGACUCAACUGAAGGCUUAAACCACAUAAAUGGGGGUUGUGGAGAUUAUAGAACUACUGACUUGUUAUCCCUGUUCAAAGGCCCCGGAGCCGCCUACUGCCCUGAGUCUACCCUUCCCCCCUUAUCUCUGCUGGAGCCCUUGUUAGAAGCCCAGGAAAACAAGUCACGCUCCUCCUCCAUCCUCGACUCCAGCUUUCUGGACGCUGAGAGUAAUCUUGAGCCAGGCUCGGACCCCAAAGGGAAGCAGGAGGAGGACCACAGGAGUAAAGACAGAAACGUAGGAGAAAACAGUAAAGACGUGAAAGCCAAGGGGGAGGAAGCCAUGCUACAGCAGCAGCUCUUCUAUGAUUACAAUGGCCGUGGCCAUGCCAGUGAAUUUGGCGACACCUCAUCCACAGAGACUUUGGGCCCGCACAACAUGGGUGAGCCUGACCUCCCACCUCGAGACAAGGAUGUAGGUAGUAGUGGCCAACACCACAUGAGCAGAAGCCCCACCAGAAAAGGGAAGGAGCCACUGCGGAGAGAGAAGUUGGAGAUUGCGCCUCUGUCCUUGCCCCCAGAUCUCACUAGGGGAGGUGCACAGAGGCUGCUUAGGGGUCGGAUAACAAGGCUUAGUCUAAAGACUUUUCUUAGGGUGUUUCUGGUAGCUUUUGUCUUUGUAGUGUUUGCCCUUACUUGCUCAGUGAUAUUUAUUUUUGAAAGCGAGUCCAGCCUCUUGCAGGGUCUCCGAUCCACACGAGAAAUGAUGCUCCUCAGGAUUCAGUAUUAUCAGCCUCUGAAGGAUCAUAUGAAAAGUUGGCUAGGGAAAAAGUCUUGAAUUUGUAUAUUACAUUUAAACUGUAUUACUUUGAGUUCAGCUCUAAAGUUGGACAUUAUGCAUCGCUUUGUGAGUGCAUGUUUGUCACAGUAAAAGUACUGCAUGGCAUUUCAUGUGCAGGACCAACUCUUAGAGCGUCAAUUGCAAGUUGUUGAAAAAUAAGUGAGUAAAUGUCAGGGGGACCUGACAUUCAUCUCAGCAAUGUUGUACCAGCAUCUUUUCUGUGCUGAAGGAUAGUGAUAAUUGUUAUUUUUUCAGCUAUGUACACAAAGUUUAGAAGAGAAUAGGGUGUGGUUGACAUUAUUACAAAGGGUUUCAUGAAACUGGCUCAGUUCAUGAUGAGUAGGACAUUUCACUGAAUUUUUACAGUACAAGUCUGUAAAGUACUUUCUGUGCUCAAUAUCUCUUACUCUUUUAUUGAGUUGGAAUAGCACUAUUGUGUAACACAGAGCAUAUUAAAGAGGUACUUUUUCAAGUUUCCUAUAAAAGUAUGGUUAAUAAGAACGGGAUUAUCUCGCUCCCUCUAUUUCAGCUUCUGCUCUUAAUUACAUUUCCAUCUCUUUUUCCUCUUCCUCCUUUUGGGUAAAUGGUUCAAGAUUCAGCUUUAUGUCACUGUGAAGACAAAAGCUUAUUACUAAUGAUGAUUUUCAGUGACCUGUCUGGUGGACUUUUACCUCAUACUUCUUUUAUAACAGGCGACAGUCUCUUUCUGACAUAUUCUCACGGUUUGAAAUAACACAUUGGCUUGACUCCACAACUGGGCACUGAAAUGGUUAUGCAUCUUACCAGCCUUAGUAUCGUUUUGUGCUGGAAGUUGAAUUUUCCAGUGACUUUGAGUUUGCAGAGUUGAGUGAGUAAAUAUGUUUUUUUUUUUUUUCUAUGUACCCAACUUUCAAAGAUUGGUAUUGAUUAAGGAGUAAAUAAAGGUUAUCAACAAACAAACAGGAAACAAAAAUGGGUUUGAUAUACAGUAUA